AUGGAUAUUCCCGGUUAUGAUGCAUUGGCAUACUAUGCCACACCACCCAACAGCUACAUUGGUACCACCAUCUUCCUCUCCUACAUUGUCGCAGCACUUUACGCGACCAUUACGAUUACCUACUCGCUAUACUCCCAAUAUACAUCUAUAUUUCACGCGUCUAGCACGGCAGACAAUGAAAAACUCGAUGCAGCGAAGGUGGCGCGAGCGCGUCACAUUAAUAUCUACGCGUUUGUCGCUUCCAUGAGUUUCGCAACGUUAUCCUACCAUAUGCUCAUGUUCCUAAUUACCCACUACUUAGAGUGGAGUGGGGACAAGAGCCGCUCCCUCAGUAAUGUCAGCGUGGAAAAAUUAAAGAGGUGGAUGUUGGAGUCAACCCUAUUCCAGGAUUUUGCUCAGGAUCUGGUCAAAGACGCGCCGAACGCUGUAUGGACUCAGGCUGCGAUCUUAGCGACAUGGUUCUGGAACAUAUACAUGGGGCAGAAGGCAAGAGCGCGCCGAUACGAUACCACAAGGAUGCGCACGUACAUCUUACUCGGGCAGAUCCUACCCAUCUCCUUCGCGGUCUCACUUUUCCUCAUCCAGCUGCAUCUUUCAUCUCCGGAUAUAGCUCCCACAUCAGCUGCAAGCGACGUGGCUAAGACCGGUCCAUCGCCUAAGCGUCGCAAACCGAUAGCAACACUGCAAAUUCCGAACAUUCUUCUCAAUGCGGCUCUACUCGCUCUUCCGGCUCUGCGAUCCAACUCCAUAUUCAGCUUACUAAUCCUUGUAACACGCGCUGUUUUAUUAGUUCCGUACUCCUCAACCAUGAGCCUGAGGGACGCGGAUGUAGUCAAGUGCAUUACUGUAUCCGGGGGCUUCGCGGUAGCAAAUGCCGCAAUGAUGAGGAAGGACCUCACAUUCGGUGGUAUUUUGGGAUCCUUAGGAAAUGGCGGGUAUGCAGUCAAAGCGUUAGGUUGGGAUGCAGUACUGGGACUAGUAGUGUACUUAUUAUUGGGUUGGGGUGGAGGAGUCUGA